GUAGGGUCGGGGUGGCCAGUGGUGUGGGCCAGUGGUGUGGGCCAGGUGAACGAACGUGACGGUGAGGCUGUGCAGGUGGCCAUGAGUGGCAGGGCCCGAAAGGAGGCGGUGCAGGCCGCGGCCCGGGAGCUCCUCAAGUUCGUGAACCGGAGUCCUUCUCCUUUCCAUGCUGUGGCUGAGUGCCGCAGCCGCCUCCUUCAGGCUGGCUUCCGUGAACUCAAGGAGACAGAGAGCUGGGAUAUCAAGCCCGAAAGCAAGUACUUCCUGACCAGGAAUUCCUCUACAAUCAUUGCUUUUGCCGUGGGCGGCCGGUAUAUUCCUGGCAAUGGCUUCAGCCUCAUUGGGGCCCACACGGACAGUCCCUGCCUCCGGGUAAAACGCCGGUCUCGCCGUAGCCAGGGGGGCUUUCAGCAGGUUGGUGUAGAGACCUAUGGUGGUGGGAUCUGGAGCACCUGGUUUGACCGCGACCUGACCUUGGCUGGACGUGUCAUUUUCAAGUGCCCCACCUCAGGUCAUCUGGAGCAGCGGCUGGUGCAUGUGGACCGGCCCAUUCUUCGCAUCCCACAUCUGGCCAUUCAUCUACAGCGCAACAUCAACGAGAACUUUGGGCCCAACACAGAGACACACCUAGUUCCCAUUCUUGCCACUGUAGUACAAGAGGAGCUGGAGAAAGGAACUCCUGAGUCAGGGUCUGCCAAUGCUACGGAUGAACGGCACCACUCGGUCCUCAUGUCCCUGCUCUGUGCCCAUCUAGGGCUGAGCUGUGAGGACAUCUUGGAGAUGGAGCUCUGCCUGGCUGACACCCAGCCUGGGGUCCUGGGUGGAGCCUACGAUGAGUUCAUCUUUGCCCCUCGGCUGGACAAUCUGCACAGCUGCUUCUGUGCCCUGCAGGCCUUGAUUGAUUCCUGUGCAGCCCCUUCCUCCCUGGCCAUGGAGCCCAACGUGCGCAUGAUCACACUCUAUGAUAAUGAAGAGGUGGGCUCAGAGAGUGCCCAGGGAGCACAGUCUCUGCUGACAGAACUGGUGCUGCGACGGAUCUCAUCCUCAUCCCAGCACCUGACAGCCUUCGAGGAAGCCAUUCCCAAGUCCUUCAUGAUCAGUGCAGACAUGGCCCAUGCUGUGCAUCCCAACUACAUGGACAAGCAUGAGGAGAACCACCGGCCUUUAUUUCACAAGGGCCCUGUAAUCAAGGUGAACAGCAAGCAGCGCUAUUCCUCCAAUGCAGUUUCAGAGGCUCUGAUCCGAGAGGUGGCCAACAGUGUUGGAGUGCCCCUGCAGGACUUCAUGGUCCGCAAUGACGUCUCCUGUGGUACCACCAUUGGCCCUAUCUUGGCUUCUCGGCUGGGGCUGCGGGUGCUGGACUUAGGCAGCCCCCAGCUGGCCAUGCACUCCAUCCGGGAGACAGCCUGCACCACAGGAGUGCUCCAGACCCUCACCCUCUUCAAGGGCUUCUUUGAACUGUUCCCCACUCUGAGCCGUAAACUCGUAGUGGAUUGAAGGCUCUUGACAAGACUUCUCUUCUACCCCUUUUACCAGAGAGAGAAAGUCUCAGCUGAGCUGAAGCUGGAUUAUUAAAGUGGAUUUUUCACUCA